AUGCAAACUGCGCGCAUUGAAUUAGACACAACUUUUGGUUCAGGAAAGUUAAGCAUUCCUUCACAGCGUGGUGCAAUUCCGAAACAUUCAACGCCUAAAAGACCUGAUUGGAACGACGAACGUAUUCCUUUAGAACAAUCAACUAUAUGUGACGAAUUUGAAAGAAUGUCUUCUAUUUCAAAUAAUGAACCUAAUAAACCUGACCUAUCUGAAAAGGAAUUUCUUUUAAAUUAUCUUCAAAUAGAGUUUGACAAAAAACGAUGUUCAGUGAAGGAAGGACGGAAUGACGUUUUAAACAAUGUAAAUAUUCCAGACCAAAUACCCCGUGACCUUUCAAAUAAUGGAUUAAAUAGGAAAAUACCUAAAUUUGACACGCCAAUAUUUAGACCGAUAUCUUCUGCUUCUGACACAGAUUCUUUGUCCUCAUUAACUCGCAAAAGUCUUCUUGGAAUUGAACAAGACAAAACAAUUUUAAAUUUUGGUUAUGUUUCUAUUGGGGAAUCGUUGACUUUGAAACAAAAAAUUUGGAAUUGUGACAAUGAACAAAUGAAAAUAAAAUGCUCUAUUUUGGUUGAUGAAAGUUUGGAAGAUGGAAUUUUUAAGAUAACCAACGUUUCUACACCAAUAAUACGACCUGGAGAAUGGUGUGAAAUUUGUGUUCAAUAUACACCAACAAAAGUCGAAAGAAAUGCAGGAAGGCUUUUUUCACUUUAUGGAGUUGGAGGGGGUGCUCUAUUAAGUUUAGACGCAAAUUAUAAAGCUGGCAUUGCUUUUGAAUCUACAAGUGGAAGAGUAGUUGUAGUUAGGCCGGAUGUAUUUUCUCGUUUUUGGCUAAUUUUUGAAAAUAAAGGGCAAAGGUCAGCGUUUGUCAAUUUAAUUGCAAUUGACCGUAGAGGCAAUAUUUUGUCAAAAGAAGUUGGUUUAGAUCAACAACAAAUUUCAAUUAAACCAUCACAAUUUGUACUUGACUCUUAUUCUGAAGAUGGAGAUAAACAUAAAAUGAAUGUAUUAAUUCGAGUAGAUGAAUCAUUUAAUUGGAUAGCAGAAAAUAAUGAUAAUAUUGGAAUUAAAUCAACAAAUAAUAACAACAAUAAUAAUAAAAAUACAAAACAAGAAGGGGAAGGUGAUAUUUGUGGAGGGAGAGAUUCAAUGCUUUCUUCUGCUUCGACAUCAAGUUUUCAGGAAGAUUGUGCUUUUCAAUUACUUUCGUAUUGGGGAGAAGAAGGGCAACGACUACGAAUAAAAUGUUGGGAGAAAGCAUUUAAACCUUUUUAUUUAAAUGGAUUUCGAUUUACUGGAAAAUUUGUAAACGAAAAAGAAUUUACUGCAGAACAAAAAAGAAAAGCACAACAAUGUGUAAAGGAAGAAGAUGCUAGAGAAUUUAAAGAUUUAUUGAGGAUAAUUAAAUUUAAUGUAAUAGAUGAAAGAGCUCGAAUAUAUUUCCCAACACAACCAGAUUCAAUUCAACCAGUUUUGGAAAUGUUUAGAAAUCAGAGUGUUUUAUUGAGAGAAGUAUGUCAAAAUGAAGAAAUUAGUUAUUGUAGUGCUUCAACUUCACAAAUAUUUCCUUCUUCAAAUGGAGGACGUGGAAGAAUUCCUUCAACAUCAAGUAGUGGGGGAGGAUCACCAUCACAUGAUAUACAAAAAAUGCGUAUAUUUAGUGGAAGAGACCAACAAAAUAAAAAUUUUGAUUAA